UUAAACUCAAUGAUCUAUAAACUAUCAGUUUUGUAGUCUUAACUUAGAUAACUAAUGGGUUUUCCAAAAUAAAAUAAAAUUAGAUAAUUGAUAGUGUUAAGCAAGAGACAAUAUAAUAUUUUUCAACAAUGAAAAGUUCGUUUAGCUGACGCUAUAUCAAGUUAAUUCAUGUGAAAACGACAUAUUAAAUUAGAUGUUGUUAUUAACUAUUCAUGUAUUCGCAAUAAUGUGAAUCAUGUAUUAUACUAUCCGUGUGAAAACGAUACGUUUAUAAAUUAGGGUAUAUAGAGAUGAUUAAUAUUUUAUAUAUACACGUUUUACUUAGAAGUUCAUGACAAUAUAUUAUUCUAUCGAUUUCAAAAUAUUUUACUUUGGCUUAACCAGCUGGGAUAUCAAAAAACAAAAUUAUUUUACAAUAUAUAUCAUUAUAGUUUAUUCACUUCUAACUUGUUACAUCCUACUAUUACGUUAAAUACAGGAGGCAUGAAGCCUUCACUAUAUAUAAACAGCAUCGCGAGGUUAGAAGAUCUUACAUUAUACAUUCUAACAUUGGUAAGAGAUGGCAAACCAAAGAAAACCAAUCCUUCCUCUAUUACUUGAAAAGAAACCAGUUGAGCUUGUUAAACCCUCAAAACACACUCAUUGUGAAACUCUUUCCCUCUCCACUUUAGACAACGAUCCUUUCAAUGAAGUUAUGUAUGCAACGAUUUACGUUUUCAAAGCCAAUGGAAAGAACCUAGAUGAUCCUGUCUCUUUGCUUAGGAAGGCUUUGUCCGAACUUCUUGUGCAUUACUACCCUCUUUCGGGCAAGCUGAUGAGAAGUGAGAGUAAUGGAAAGCUCCAGUUGGUUUAUCUGGGUGAGGGAGUUCCAUUUGAAGUCGCUACAUCAACUCUAGACCUCUCCUCUCUGAACUAUAUCGAAAACCUCGAUGACCAAGUUGCUUUGCGGCUUGUACCUGAAAUCGAAAUCGACUACGAGAGCAACGUUUGUUAUCACCCUCUAGCUUUGCAGGUUACCAAGUUUGCCUGUGGAGGAUUCACCAUUGGCACCGCAUUGACACACGCUGUGUGUGAUGGAUACGGUGUGGCUCAGAUCAUCCAUGCCUUGACCGAGUUGGCUGCAGGAAAGACUGAGCCAUCGGUGAAGUCAGUGUGGCAGAGAGAGCGGCUGGUCGGAAAAAUUGACAAUAAACCAGGCAAAGUGCCCGGUAGCCAUAUUGAUGGUUUUUUGGCCACCUCAGCAUAUUUGCCAACUACUGAUGUCGUCACAGAGACAAUAAACAUUCGUGCUGGGGAUAUAAAAAGGCUUAAAGACUCUAUGAUGAAAGAAUGUGAGUACCUUAAAGAGAGUUUCACUACUUAUGAAGUACUUAGUUCAUACAUAUGGAAAUUAAGAUCUCGAGCCCUAAAACUAAACCCUGACGGGAUCACUGUCCUCGGCGUGGCUGUUGGAAUCCGACAUGUUUUGGACCCACCACUUCCUAAAGGAUACUACGGUAACGCUUACAUAGACGUCUACGUCGAGCUAACUGUGAGAGAACUCGAAGAAUCAUCAAUCUCUAACAUCGCGAAUCGUGUGAAGAAAGCCAAGAAAACAGCCUAUGAAAAAGGGUAUAUCGAGGAAGAGCUAAAGAACACGGAGAGAUUGAUGAGAGAUGAUUCAAUGUUCGAAGGGGUAAGCGAUGGAUUAUUUUUCUUGACGGAUUGGAGGAAUAUUGGUUGGUUCGGAUCAAUGGAUUUCGGUUGGAAUGAGCCAGUGAAUUUACGACCAUUGACCCAGCGGGAGAGCACAGUGCACGUAGGGAUGAUCUUGAAACCUUCAAAAUCGGAUCCAUCAAUGGAAGGUGGAGUUAAAGUGAUCAUGAAGUUGCCACGAGACGCAAUGGUUGAAUUCAAGCGUGAGAUGGCUACUAUGAAGAAACUUUAUUUUGGUGAUACCAACUAACUUUAUUUUGGUGAUACCAACUAACUUUAGUUGGUGCCUGAAUGAUUUUCUAUGUCUGUUAAUGUCUUAAUGAAUGCUUUUCAUUUGAUGUCAGUGAAUAAUGGGUAAAUAUAUUCACGGGUGAAUAUAUGUAAUACUCAAUAUGUUCAUGUAAUACUUAAUCUGUUCAUGUCAUGAAUAAUGAAUAAAGAAUAAUACAUAUAUAUGUAUUGAUAAUAAAUUGAUUUGUUGUGAAAUAUAA